AAUCACUAUGAACAGCCACUCUCUAUGAACUGCCACUUGCCCAGAACAGCCACUCGCUAUGAACAGCCACUCUCUAUGAACUGCCACUUGCCCAGAACAGCCACUCGCCAUAAACAGACACUUGCCCAGAACAGCCACUCGUUAUGAACAGCCACUCGCUAGAAACAGCCACUUGCCCCAACAGCACACGGGAAAGGUUGGGGAUGGCUGUCCAUGUGGUCUCUCCCCUCCCCCCCCACCUCACCGCCGUGUAGACGAAGACGUUGUGAGCGAAUGCACGACAGAGACCGCCACUGUUUGCCGCUGCAAGGAGGGAUACGGUCGCCUCGAACCCGACCGGCCCUGCAGCCAGCAAGGCACAGGAGUGAACGGUUGGAUUUUCUGGGCCGUCGGUGGCGGGACCGUGGUUAUCGUCCUGGCGUCGCUUGCCGCCUUCUGUUGCUAUCGCAAGCGGCGAGACCAGCAACACAAACGACGGAGACCGAUGGAUAUGGAAGUGCAAUGUGAAGAGAUUUUGCCAAAAGAUCCACCGCUGAAGAAGGAAUUUCCCUCUGGGAACGUUAAGGAAAUCAUCGAGGGCAAGAUCGACGCGAGCGAGGCGGCGGUGUGGAAAGCGAUGGCGGAAAACCUGCCACAGCUCCGGGAGUGCGUCGACCUGCGUCCUCAGCUGUUCACCGAGAGGCUGUGCAGCCAGGGCAUCAUCGCGGAAGAAGCCCGCGCUGUGGCGGCCGCGCAGUCCAACGUGUGGCGGCGCACUGACUACAUCCUGCAGACCGUCGUGGAGAGAGGGGAGGCGAGUGCGAAGAAGCUCCUGGACAUGUUCUCCGGCAUCAUGAGGGAGCAGGCGUCGGCCAUGCAAGCGCUCGCCUCUCGAUAUGGCUGCUCAAUAACGUUCAACAAAAGCACCGCCCAUCCAAACCUCUUGAUCUCCGAAGACCUGAAGAUGGCGACGAAGACGGAAGAGGCUCAACCGUGCCAAGCGCACGAAGGCAGGUUCGACCACUGGCACCAGGCGCUGUGCUCCAACCAUUUCUCGACGGGUCAGCACUACUGGGAGGUGGACGUGAGCAAUUCCUGGGACUGCCGGGUGGGCGUGGCCUACGAGACAAUCUCGCGGAAGGGGGCGGAGCUCGGCUGCGCGUUGGGAUGCAACCGCGACUCGUGGGCGCUGCGCAAGGAUGGCACCAGGUGCAUCGCGAUGCACGGGAGGAUGGCGGUGUGCCACGUGGUGCACGAGGCUCCGCGGAGGGUGGGCGUCUACGUGAACUGCGACGAGGGCAUCGUGGCGUUCUACAUCGCCGAGCCCAGGCGGCUGUUCCACUCUUUCCACGCCAAUUUCGCCAGGCCCCUGUGUUUCGCGGUCCACCUGCACGACGGAUCGGUGAAGAGCAUCGACUUGCGUUAGACGUAGACAACCUUUCCCCAUCCCCCUCACCCCAAGCCCCAUCAUCAUCCUGUGCAUGCCUCUCGGGGCAUAGCAGUCCCCACGAGCUGCCACAGCACAAUCCUAUCCCGUGCCAGCCGCCACGCUGAACGCGAGCCAAGGCCGUGGUGUCAAAGAUCGGCCUCGAUCGUGCGUGUCCACGUCAGCCGUGGUCUGCCCAGGGUGCGCCUCAAGUCCAGCAGUGGUCCGUCGGUGAUCUCGCUCAGGGCCCUGGCAUGCUACAUCGAUGCGUCCGCCCUGGCAGCGUGUCUGAAGAGCCUGAAGUCUUCUGGCUCUGACCGUUUCAUGCACUGCCGGGUAUCCCGUGCGAAGGCGGACCCCAGCAUUGGCGAUGCGUUCACUGAAGUGGACGCGGAGUGUCCAUCACAGGCACCCACCGGUCGAAGGCAUCCAGCUUCCCUGCUCAGGGACGCCGUCAUCGACCACAUCUCUGAGCCUUUACAGUUGUACGGGAUGCAUUGUGUAAGUCGAAUAUUUGUUGCUGUCGUGACACUGGAGCGCCAGAUGUGUCUGUCGAGCUCUUUCAUGCACUUGCGUGCAAUUGAGAUUCGCCUUUUAAGCUCUAUCUCGUUGAAUAGUGCAGCCGAGAUAUGUGAACGAUUUUACCAAUUCAACGUUGUUGCCCGCUAUUUGUAACCUCAGGCAAUAUGUGCGCCUCUUCAUCAGUGGUCUGUAUUUUUUGUUUUUUAGCGCCAGUUCACUUCCAGGGCUAGCGUAGCACACUCGUCACAGCUGGCUGGUGAAAAAACAGCCUGUGCGCUCCUUGUCAACCCCGCAACUGGCAAUGUGGCAUGAAGACGUACUUGGUAGUGUCACUCGUGGGGGAAUUCUUGGCAGUUUCCUUGAGCCGGCUACCCGGCUGCUCCGUUAACCUCAGAGCAGAGGGAGCUGUUGCUGAGAGUCGGGACAUGUCCACACGCAGGUGGGCCCAGCACUCCGCAGCUACAGGUCGAACAAUUGCUCCCGUACCAGUUAUACCGCCGGACGUUCGGUCGCAUGUACAGACUCGGCAAUCACUGCCCAUAGACUAACACUACCCAUAUAGAUUCAACACCGCCCAUAGACUACCAAUACCCAUAUAAAUU